AUGGCUGAGAGUAGCAGUGCCAAUGGGAAGUUCAUGCAACCGGCAAUUCCAAGAUUCGACGGGUACUAUGAGCACUGGGCAAAACUGAUGGAGAAUUUCCUUCGUGCAAAGGAAUAUUGGACCCUAAUUGAGAAGGGAAUCGACACGGUUCCAGAAGGCACUCAAGCGACAGAAGCACAAAUGAAGGUGAUAGAGGAGCAACGGUUGAAAGAUAUGAAGAUAAAGAAUUAUCUGUAUCAAGCAAUUGAUAGAGAAAUCUUGGAGACCAUACUCAAUGAUGAUACUUCCAAGCAGAUUUGGGACUCUAUGAAACAAAAGUUCAAGGGUUCCACGAGGGUGAAGAGGGCUCAAUUGCAAACAUUAAAGUCUGAGUUUGAAAUACUCAGAAUGAAGGAGGGAGAGACUGUUAAUGCCUAUUUCGAGCGAACUCUUUCCAUUUCCAAACGGAUGAAAGCGUGUGGAGAAACUGUACAAGAAAGGGAUAUUACAGGGAAGAUUCUCAGAUCCCUUGUACCAAAAUUUAAUUAUGUUAUUUGCUCCAUUGAAGAAUCCAACAAUGUCGACACUCUUACAGUCGAUGAACUUCAAAGCAGCUUGUUGAUCCAUGAGCAGAGAAUGAAGAAUGUUGACGGAGAAAAACAAGUAUUGCUGAAGGUGACUCAUGAAAGGAGAUCUGAAAGAGGGAGAGGUCGAGGAAGAGGAGAAAUUAGAGGAGGAAAGCAUUCAAAUUACGCAGAACUAGACGAGAAGGAGGAGAUGUUGCUGAUGGCCUAUGUCGAUGAAAUUGGAGCAAAGCGAGAAGACAUUUGGUUCUUGGAUUCAGGAUGUAGUAAUCACAUGUGUGGUAACAAAGCUCUAUUCUAUGAGUUUGGAAGUGUCUCUCAACAAACUGUUAAGCUGGGCAACGAUACUAGAAUGCAAGUUUCUGGAAAAGGAAGCAUCAAAAUGGAGGUUGAUAAUGCUAAAUUCACUGUCGGUGAUGUCUUUUGUGUUCCUGAACUCAAAAAUAAUCUUCUAAGCAUUGGGCAACUCCAGGAAAGAGGUCUUUCCAUCCUUAUAGAAGCUAGAAUGUGCAAAAAAUUUCAUCCACAGAGAGGUUUGAUCAUUCAAACCAAAAUGACAGCAAAUCGGAUGUUCAUCUUGGUAGCCAAGAUGCUAUCAAUGUCCCUCCAACCAAAAUAG